ACUUUCCGUACCCACUGUAUUUGUGGUAACAUUCAGAUGUUGUCUGGGAAAAGGGAAAGACAAUACAGGAGUACAACAGCUGUAUUAUACUGCUCUAAAAUCCUAUACAAAAACUUCCUACCUUGCUUCAGACAUAGGCAAAAUAGCAUCUCAGAAAAUAUUUGAGUAUUAUAAAGAUUAUGCAUAAUACACACAUAUUCAAUAAAUGCAAAAUUUCAACUUCUCAAACUCAGUUGAAAUAGAGGAAACUAGAGGUUAGGUUGGGGUUUCUGGCCACCUGAUAGGUCCUCUAGUUGUUCCUUUAGCUCGGGCAAAAGUACCUGAGUGUUGUUUGCAAGACACUUGUUUUAUUCAGAUUUUGUGCACACAAGGACAUACAGGAGUGUGACUUGUUACAGCGCCUGUGCUGUACAUUAUGCAAGAUAACACACUCUGUCCCUCUGUAGAUGCCAGGUGCUGGUCCAUGGGUGUGAGCCGACUGGAUGUAUUUUACAGAAGGCUGCUCCUCAGCAAACUCUUCAUUGGGGGAUGGGGGAAGCCCGAAGACCUCAAGAGAAUCUUUGAGUUCCGUAAGAUCAUUGGAGACAGAGAGAGGUGCCGGUCUCUGGUGCCUGAAGACUAUCCAGUCCACAUAAACAAGACAGAGGAGCACAUUGACUGUCACAUCCAUGAUGGGUUCUUCAUCUCUCCUCUGGAGCACUUUGUUCCUGGAAUCCUGCCAGCAGAGGCUGUCAAAGCCAGGUUCCAGUUCAUAGUUCCCAAGAGGUGGCAGAAGAACAGACCAGUAUGCAUCCACUUGGCAGGGACCGGAGACCACUUUUUCUGGCGUCGGCGGACCCUGAUGGCCAGGCCCAUGGUCAAAGAGGCAGGAAUGGCCUCACUGCUUCUGGAGAACCCUUAUUAUGGCUACCGUAAACCCAAAGACCAGCUGCGCUCCAGUCUAAAGAAUGUGUCCGACCUGUUUGUGAUGGGAGGGGCUCUGAUCCUGGAGUCAACAGUGCUCCUGCGGUGGCUGGAGAGAGAAGGUUACUGGCCACUAGGAAUGACUGGCAUCUCCAUGGGAGGAUAUAUGGCAUCCCUGGCAGUGACCAACUGGCCGAAGCCCAUCCCUCUGAUUCCCUGUUUGUCCUGGUCCACUGCCUCCAGUGUGUUCACCACGGGAGUGCUGAGCACAGCAGUAAACUGGACAGAGCUGGAGAAGCAGUAUGCCAUUAACUCUGUGUAUGAAGAAGAGAUCAUCAAGCUGCUGGACUACUGUGGGGCUGAUUCCUUUAGGAUGGGUCCAGACUUCACCAAGAAUGUGGAGUCUUUGGAGCAUCUGUUGGGCCUGUCUGGAGAUGUCAGAGUGUCAGUGGGUCACAACUCCAAAGCUGGAGGAGACGCUGAGGCUGGACAAGGCCUGUUGAUUGGUGCAGGCCCUGAAGGGGGCGGGACGAGAGUAGACCAAUUGUUAUCAUCAGGGAACAGCACUGGGAUGAGCUUGGGCACUCCACCAAGAAGCGACACACUGCAGGGGAAGAAGACGGACUCAGCCAGAUGCUGUCGGCCGUCGUUGCAUAGAGAGUCUAUCAGCUUCAUGAAGGCAGUGAUGGAUGAGUGCACACACAUGGCCAACUUCUCUGGUGAGUUCCAAUGCAGACAAACCGAUAUGGAAAUGUUUCUGAUUGGUCCCAAAGAAAUGUAUCGAUCCUUGUUGCUGUCGCCGAGCAACAUCAAUGUGCUGUGUUCUGACUUGACAGCAGCAGGAGGCGACACGGUUCAGACAGCCUGUAUCCUACAAGCUGCUGCUGUCCCCAAAGGCUCUGAUUAAACAAGUACCAGGGUUCGUACGGUCAUGGAAAACCUGGAAAAGUCAUGGAAUUUUAAAAUGGUUAUUUCCAGGCCUGGAAA